CUUGUUCUAUAAAUAGAAGUGAUGUCAUUGGAAGCAUCUGGGACAUGGUCUCAAACUGGGUCUACCAACACUCAAACUAGCAUGUUGAGGAAACACGGCAAGCUAAUUACAUUCCUUCGUUCCUUCAUUCUGGAGAGACCUACGAGGAGAAGGUUAAAACAGAGUGGUAUCUUGAAGGAAAGGGUGUUUGGAUGCGAUCUCGGGGAACAUCUGCUCAACACGGGCACUGAUGUUCCCUCUGUUGUGCAAGAUUGCUGUCAUUUCAUCGAGCAGUAUGGUAUCUGUGACGGCAUCUACCGGUUGUCGGGCGUGGCUUCUAAUGUCCAGUACCUUCGGGAUCAGUUUGACAGCGAGACCACGCCCAAUCUUGAUGAGUAUAAGAAGGAUAUUCACUGUGUGUCGUCUGUAUGUAAGCUGUACUUCAGGGAGUUACCCAAUCCUCUACUAACGUAUCAACUCUACCAGAAGUUUGAGGAGGCUGCUAUGUCAGGGGAAGAGAAUCGACUGAUGAAGAUGCACGACACGGUGCAGCAGCUCCCACCGCCCCACUACCGAACCCUCCAGUUCCUCAUCCGUCAUCUCUCCUACAUGUCAUCCUUCAACGCCGAGACCAGUAUGAACAUCAAGAACCUCGCCAUUGUAUGGGCGCCAAACCUGCUCAGGUCAAAGGACAUCGAGACGGGUUCGUGUGCAGCAUUCAUGGAAAUCAAAGUUCAAGCCACGGUUGUAGAGUACCUAGUCAAGCACUGUGAUCUCAUCUUUAAUGAUAAACUCUUUCCAGAUGUCCCGGGUAUCGGUCAGGAGAUGCAGCGCCCUAAAUCCCUGGUCCUGUCCACCCCUACGAAGCUCCUCUCCUUGGAAGAGGCCAGGGCGAGGUCGUCGUCUCAAGGGAACGACGGAGGAGAUAAGGAGGAGAAACCCAAGUUCAUUGAGGUCGGUGGAGGGCCGGCAGCUUUACCCAAGCAGUACCAUACUGUCAUAGAUCUACCUCCAGAAAGCCGCAAGAGAUUCUCUGCUUCCAAGGCCAAGAAGUCACCAGGAUGGAAGGCUUUCUUCUCAAGAUCGACAGGAAAGGAGGUCAAGCGGAAGAUGUCCCAUGACGUCCCGGGCUCGUUGCGGGUACCUGCAGCCAAACACUUUGGUUCCAGGGCCCAUCGGACUAGCCUUCGAUCCGUCAAGAGUGCAGAAUCGCUCUCCUCAGCCGAGUCGGCUACAGAGCUCCAACACCAAGAUACUGUCCGAUUCAAAGGUCAUGUACGUCGCAGUUCAGUUGCUUGCAUGGAGAAUACCCUCAGAAGAUCGUCCUCAGAUUCUUUCUUUGAGGUCGAUGAGGACAUCGUUGCUGCUGCAACCAGAGAGAUGCUGGCCAAAAAGAGAGGUGAAGACACCUACUCUCCAGAUGAGAUCUUUAUUGAGGAAGAGAGUGGGGCGACAUGUCAGCUGGGACGCCGGCAUGGCAGCGGCACGAACAGCCCCUUGUGGAUCGACCAGAGCCUGAGCAGCAUGGAAUCGGAUCAGGCAUCGGUGAGGUCACCCUACGGACACCAGGCAUCAUUGCAGAUUGGUAGGAAUUUGAGCGCAGAGAACAAUUGGAGCAUGCAUGGUGGCGAUGUCCACAUGGCAUGCGAUGCAAACGUGCAUCCCUAUGAAGAAGAAUCCCCUCCGCCCUCUCCGACUGAGGUCUCCUCGCCAGAGAGGUAUCAGUGCACUAUCGCCGAUCCUGUUGCUGUUCCGCAGCGGCAUCCGCUGAAGACAUCUAUCGCCAUGCCAGUGGCUGCAGCGUUCACUCCAGAGUAUCGCGAUGUUGAGAUGACCGAGAGUGGGUGCACUUCCUCGUCGCCGGACCACUCAGGGUCCGUCCUUGAUAAGAUAUCAAGAGCAAUGUCAAUCAAGAACAAACCUAAGUUAAAACGUGAGUCAAGCACAGAGGCGGAUGAUUACUCAAGCUUAGGCAGGAGUCCUGAAACAGGGGUUGAUGAUGUUAUGGAUCGUCCCAUAAUGGUGACAGUACGUACCCAGACCUCGCCGCACGAUACGCUGGACGAUAUGGACACUGAGGAAGAGGUUCGGAAGUACGAUGUCAACUUACAGACAAGUGGUAAUGAUGGAGCUGUAUUCAUGCGUACUCCUGCACAGCGGAGAUCAAUGAACCUUGACCUAUUUAGUGGACUCGACGAAGCCUUGCUUGGCACGACAGCACCCCGACCGAAAUCAAUGCACGUCUCAUCGCACCUUGGUCGAGGGUCGGAAAGCUAUGAUGAUGAUUUUGCAGCGUUCACGACGCGUUUGAGCCUUGACAAUGUCCUCUCAGAGUACGAUCACAUCCUGGCAAAAUACAACAAUCGGCCAUUAACACCGGAUUUUGAUCGUACCGAAGAUAUGUGUAAAUACGAUGGCAUGUACCCAGGACAGCGCAUAUCGAGUCCACGUCACGGUAUCACGCCCGUCACUGCCCUCAACAGUAACUGUAAUAAUACGCGUCAGAGGAGGUUACAGCAUAGGUAUAGCAUGGGGGAUGAAAUGCGUCCGGAACACUUCAAUAACCGCUACUCCUCUGUCAUAACAGACAACGGGGAGACAAGAAAACGGCUAUCGGCGGGUGCUGUCUUGGACCAUCACAACCCCGGGCAGGAGAACGACGAAGAAGUCGUGGUUGUGAGAUUACGACGCCCCAGACUGGCAUCUGGGGAGAAGAAAUUCUACGCCUCGCCGGAACGAUUCUCGAUCAACUCCCCAGAAUUCCAAGCCUCUUUCGCGGACCGCCAAAAUGGCAACACCCCUCCCGAAUCGACCAGUGACAUAAGAACUAUACACACCGACGAGGGUCAACGGCCCUUAUCGUCUGUCGACGCUGUGUAUCACGUGACCCUACCGUCACGGCCAAACAGCCAACGUAGGAGCAUUACGAAAAGUUUCUCUUUAGAUUUUCAGUCCUCCGUAUCUGAUGCUAAGACGAGGUUAGGGGAAGAUGUGGUGAAUGACGAUACAGAUAACGACCGAUCAGCGAUGACUGUUGAUGAUAAUGCACAGUUAGACAAUCAGGAUAUCAUUGAAAGUCUCCAGGGGGAAGAUCCCAGCAGCAUUGCCUUUCAGUCGUCUCCCCAAGGUGCCUCUCGUGAAUCACCGCUAAUAGAUCGCUAUCCGAUCAUUAUCAGUGAUGAAUUAGAACUUUGAUGCUUUUAGAAAAUAUUCUAAACCUUCUAUGCUAAUUCAUGGUGCUUUAUUUUGACUUUUAAUCCGUUUUGUCCCACCCCAAAGGUAUACUUAAAGACCAUUCACCUAACAGUAGUUUGCCAGUUCGCAAAAAAAAAACCCACAUAAACAUGCUGGAAAAGUUGAGUCUUGAAAACAUCUGUACCCUUUCAGAUGUGAAAAACGGCACAUAAUUUUGCUUCAUGUGUUUGCACCCUGAAGUGGUGCAGUUUUCACAGAACUUGUUAUGAACUACCAGUCGUGUUCAAUACCAAUACUGAUCCCUUAGACGGUAUUGUAUUACGAGAGUCAAAAUGUGUCAGUCGAUAACAAGUUUUGUGAUAUCGCACCUUGUAUUCUCUGCUCACUCAUAAAACAUUACUUUUACAUAAUCAAGAAGAUUAUUGGUCUAUUUAAACAGCAUUACUAAUUGUGCUUAAUCCAGAAUUUACUUUUUUUCGUGCAAGAUCUAAUUUUUCUACUUUUCAUGUAUUAAGUUGUCUGUUGCCAGACCUCAGUUUUACAUGUAAGUAGGAUUGGGGCUGAUAUUUUUUGUUUCUUGCCCUGAAAUUUGUAAAUAGAAAUUUAAGAGGUUAUUCUUAUCCCCUUGGAUUCUGUGCCAUGUUUUAUUUUUUUAUUGUUGAAAAAUAAUUCAGGAAUCAUUUUUAACUAUCUUUGCCACUGUAUAUUUUUUGCCUUGUAGGUUGAUAAACAUAUUUAAAAGCCAAGCAGACCUUGCCUUGUAUGCGUAGUAUGUAUCAUGCUUAAGAUUUUAAUGUGUGUAUAAGAAUGAUGGGGCAAUAGACAACGUACAGUAAGAGUAGUAGAAUUUUGCCAACAGCCAUUAUGUUAUUUUAUUAAUGAUUUUUUCCCAAAAUGAAAAGGAAAAAGCAAAGGGAGGUAGGAUAAGGAAAUUGAUAAAAGUUAUGGUGUUAAUGGUAAUAAUCAUAUUGAUCAUGAAAAUGAUAGAUAACGGGAAUAAUCAUGAUACAGUGAUAAAUGAAUCAUCUUGGUUUGUUCAGAGUGACGCAGCAAACCAAUAAACUCAAUCUAGCAUGCAAGCCCCACACCCUGGUAAGGACGUUCUGUGGCUGGUAACACAACGCUUAGCAAUCAUCAUAGAAGAAUAUCUUUACGAUUGAUUGCAUUGACUUCAAUGUACAAUCGUGGUGAAAAUCAAGUGUACGAUCAAUCGCUAACAUUUUUGUGUUACGUGACCCUGGCGUCACUUCCUUUGCCCAAUUAAAACGUUCUCAUUCUGUUGUGUCUGACAGCGUUUGUCAUACCAAUCCCAUGAUGACGGUAAUAUAAAAAAUCUGAUUUUUUUUUAUGAAUCUUCUCUGACACUUUUGAUUUUGGCCAAAAAAAAAUGUGCAUCCAUGAAGCAGCUGUUUAAAUUAUCUUGCACCACCUCUUACUGAUCACGGGUCAUUUUGUAGUCCUGAAAUAAACACAAAUUUGGGGUGCGUUUACGCUUGCUUCGAUUGCGUAGACAGAAUCAGCGUUUUCAAACGCUGUUUACAAACAGAACGCUGAUUGCAAAUGUGGUUCUGGGAGUGCUAUUUAUGCUUAAUUUUUCAGAGGCAAAUUUUCGCUCUGCAUCUGGAAUCGCAUCGUAAUUUUUGUUGAGCAGCGCCAUUUUUAAAAACUUUUUUUCCAAGUGUUAUGGGCGACUAUUAUAUAUAUUUUGGACUAAUCACGUAUGAAAAUGCUGAUUCUGGCUUGAAAAGUGGAAGCAUAAAUAUGCCCUUAGAUGGCUUGAAUGCUUCUUGGAAUUUAGUUGUUCAAUCCUUUUUCUUCAUGCAAAAAUCAGCCAUUAUUUAACCUUGCUCCAUAUUAGAAAGCUUAUUCUUGCUUUAUUGUAUUUUUCUUUUGAAUUUCACCAUGAAUCCUACCAUAAAUGUUCAUGUGCGUUUUUGCAUUUAGCUUGCCAGGAAACUUGGAUUGUUGUCAUGGUUUUAAACGCAAUAUGUCCCACCUAGUAUAUAUUUUUUUUUAUUUAUCCAUCAUUGUUCAUGCAAUUCUUAUUGCCAAGGCAUUAUUGUAUCCUAUUUAUUCAUACAUUAGUCGAUCAUUGUUUACAUGGCAUUUAAAAAAAGGGUAUUACUGGAAUAACUGAAGCGGUAUUUAUUCAUAAGAUGCAUUUUGUUGGAUAUCAAUAUGGGGUUAUUAGUGAUGUUAUCACUCCCAUGACUAGGCACUGGCGUGAAUUCAGGCAGCAAAACUAUUUAUGGGGGGGGGGGAUAAAUUAUUGUCUCAUCAUCACCCCAGUUAAAUAGCACGAGGUCAUGUCUUUUCACCUGUGUGAAUAGGGGAUGAUUUGGCAAUUCUUGUUCCUGCAUAUUACCAAGGUAUUCAAAAAGUGGAUACAAAUAAUAGAAUCGACGGUAUUUAUUAAUAUCACGGUCUACAGUUACGAUUGCUGGAGAUUGCAUCAUGUAAUACAUAGCAGUAGUGUAUAGUAGUCAUGCUGUAAUAUUUUUGACAUUAAUGAUAAUGAUGUCAAUAGCUGGAUUUAUGUAGCGCCUUUUCUAGAGGAUACAAAGCGCAAUUAUUAUUACCUGGCUUAGGCUCGAGCUCCCGCUUUUUCAGCAGCGCUCGGUGCAUUCAAGGAAUUAUUAAAUCCUAUCAGGUAUCCAUUCACUUGACAUGUGUUAUUGUGAUAGGAUUCCCACUAUUUCGCUUUUCAAAUGUUUACUUGUAAUAAUAAUAGAGAUACAACUGAAACAUUUUCAGUGGUAGGUUUUGGCAUCUAAAAAUCAAGCCCAUGAUUCCAACUUCAGGCUAGAGUAUGUUAAUUUUUAUCAAUGUAAGAGGUACAAAUGGAUGUUAACACUUUCAGUGGUAAGUUUUGACAUUAAAUCAUCAAGCUUUUGGUAAAUGUGGGGAGCUCAUAAGACUGAAAGUUACGCAUUAAGGCCACCGCACACCUUACAACUGUUCGCGAUCCGAUUUUGGAACAAAUCGCAUUUUGCUUAUUUUCUGAAAAUGUGAAUGGAACAUAUCAUUUUAUUUGAGGUUGAAAUCAAUUGAAAGAAUACUAAUAUAACCAUUUUGAAAGAUUGGAAGCUUUUAUUUUUUAGUAAAGGCCAGAUUAGUUUCAAAUUGUAGUCAAUCGUACGACUGCUAUGACGUCAUUACGACUAGAUAUUGAAUUCGCUUUUAUUCUAAGGAGGAUGAUAGCAUAGUCACAGAUUUGAACAUAGGUACUGUAUUCGUACGAUGAUUUCGAACAUUACACAGUAAGAUAUUCCAAGUCUCAAUAUUAGCAUCAAAUUCUACUGCAUUUUAUUCUGAAAUCGAGUCGCCGACCAGUCGUAAGGUGUGCGGUCGCCUUUACACUAUGACAGGCUUCUUGUGCUAAUUAUGAUACACCAUUUGCUCGUAGUGUGUUAUCAAAGUAGGUCUGAAUUUCUCGUAACCCUAGUCACAUUUUGGUAAAUAAGAAAUGCUGCUUUCAUGUGCUUGAUAAAACCAGGAAAUUUGAUCAACAAAGAUCCUAUUUCAAUGUGCGUCAGUCAUGCAUGACUUUGUGAAACGCCCACCACCCCCACCCACUUGCUUAUUUAUCACUAUUAUUGUGGACUACUUACAAAACUACAGUUAAACCAUAUAUUAUUUCAUUAUGUAGAUGUAGCACAAGACCAGUAUUUGCGUGCAAUACUACUUCACAACAUUGUGGUAGAAGUCAAAUCAGUGUAAAAAUUACAUAAUUGUGCCCCUCAGAAAGAAUUCUUUCUACAUUGGCAGGGGCCGCGGAAGCGGGGGGGCUGGGGGGGCUUCAGCUCCCCCACUUUUUUCCACUACCGUAUACAAAAACGUAAAAAUGACCAUAAGAUUGUGAUUUUUUGCAUGGUCAGCCCCCCACUUUUGGCUCAGCCCCCCCCCACUUUGAAAACCGUUCCGCGGCCCCUGAUUGGUGACACUUUACUUUUAUAUCGCAAGUUAUUACUUUUUUUGAUGGUCCAUGAUGUCAACUCAUUGCCUUUGCCAAGUCACAAUAUAUUGAUAAUAUUUUUGCACUGGAGCAACGGAUAUACUACUUAUUACCUAUUUUUAGAUAUUUUAAUUCAAAUCUAAUUUUUGUUUGGAUGGGUUUGACCUAUAAACUCGUAUUAUGUUUUUGUUUUCAGAAUCAAAUGUAAGGAUUUGAGUUUGCAAUUGAUCAUUGUUUGAAAUGAUCAUAACUAUAUGGGAUUUGUAAGUGCAACUCUCUUGCUAAAAAACAUUGUAUUUGAUGACUUGUAUAUCUGAUCAGACUCAUGUAUUUGUAGGUAUAGGGCUAAUGAAUAAAAGUUUGCUGACAUUUACAAGCAAGUUUCAAUUCCCUCCAGCCGCCAUAUAAAGACAGGACAUUUAUUUAUUUCUUAUAUUCAUACAGGGUGGCAUAUAUCACCAACUUGGUCAUCCAUGCAGCCCUGUUAACAAAAAAACAUCAAAAGUUGAUAAUAGUAAUUAUAGGCAAGUAAUAAACAAGAUAUAAUACAGUAACUAACAAUAUGUACAGACACAAAAGGAAUGCAAAUAUGUUGUAAGAAAUAUCAUUGGCAUCCUUGUGAAUUAGGUUCAGUUGAUAAUAAAUUUGAUGAUUUGAAUCAAAUUAGUGAAUUUGGAUUUUGAAUUUACAACAUAAAAUAACAUUGAAAGUAUAUAAAGCAAAUUUGAACGAAAUUUGAACAUCAGUUAUAUCUUCAGUAAUUCUGCAGUCACAUUUCCCUACAGCGAGUAAAAAAACAGCCAUUUUAUUCAAACCACCCCUGUAUAACUGGUACAAUAAAAAAAAUUGUGAAAACGGCUGUUAUGGACUCGCCAUACGGCAACCGUAGGGGAAAUGUGACGGGGGUAUUAAUAGUUGUGGUUUAUAUUGGUACUGUCUAUAUGAUGUUCAAACCAAGUAGCCAAUGUCAUUCUCCAGUUUAAGAUUAGGUUAGAACUGAUGUACAGUUGUGCUCGAAAGUUUGUGAACCCCACCACAAAAUGCACUCCUUCAUGCUGAGUGUUGAAUAUAAUAUUUAUCACCUUACUUUGCAAUGACAUAUGAAAAACAAAACAGAACUUGAACACUUUGAAUAUGUGCAGUUUCUAGUGUAUAUUGACAUACUGUAUGUGGAAUAAAGAUUUCGAUGUUAUGGCAACAGAGAACAAAACAGCUAAUAAUUUUCUGGUUUGUGAAAUCCUGUUCUUACUAUUUUGGGUUUUUUUUUUCAUUAAAGUUCAGGCUGGUAUUGUUCUAUUACUGUCUAAUCAUGUGACUGAAAUCAACAUUCUGUAUUGACACAACUAAUGUAGGAGGUUUUCAGUGAUUGCUUUGAAAAUGGAAUCACUGGAAACAGAUAAUUUAUGUUGAAAAAAACCAAAACAUUUUGUAUGUAAAUGUUAACAAGUUGAAUGCAAAUUUAUAGCCUGAAUGUAUUCAAUAGUUAUGUAAGUCAUCUUUAAAAAGUAAAAUGCAAGUGUUUUGAUAAAUGUCUAAAAGGCAGAGAGGUCGGUGAUACAAAGUAUUGAUGGGAGAAAUAUUUUUCUGAUUUGAUUUUACAAUUGUCAUCUUGAUUGAUAUGUCAAACUUUCCUCAGAAAAUGUAUCAAUUGAAAUAUGUGGAGUAAUUCAAGGGUAAUGAUUGACUCCUGCAUUUGCAUGCAUGAGUAUGUGUAUUUUGUAAAAUGUAUGUAAUGCAAGUGAUACCAGUAUUACAUUGUACCUGCUGCGUUUCCUGCAACAUUGCGCUGAUAAUACAGUAACGUUAGAAAAGAAAAGCCCCAUAAAAAUGAUAAUUGCAGUGCUGAAAACAUUCCAAAUUAUAGAUCAUUGAGAAAGUGGUGUUGGCUUGCUUGGAUGUCCGGUGCUUCAUAUGCCAUAUUUAUAGAUUGUUAUCAGUGCCAUUUCUUUUUUCCUUACAAUUUACUUCUAGGACCUACCUGUAAAUUUCAUAUUAGUGAGGUAUUUGGAAAAAUCAAAUUUGGAUUACUGAAAGAAACAACUCACUUGUUUCAUGUGUAUAAAAAUCAUGUUAAAUUCAGAUGUGCUAUUCUGAAAUUAUAAAUUCCUGUUAUGUGUAUUUUAAAAAAGGGAGGGAAAAAAAUUAGAGAGAGAAACCUGUAUCUUGUCGUAACGUCGGUCACAUGUGUUGUAGAAUAUAUUUAGGUGCGAAAUAUACAUGUAUGGACUGUGUAAAUGAUAUGCAAAUUUAUGCAAAAAUUAUCUGAGUUUUCAUGAGGGAAAGAAGCAAUUUGAAUUGUAUAUGUUGCUGAAUGUGAGAAGGAUCAAUGUGAUGUCUGUAUAAUACACAACUGCUAAAUGAAGAAGA